AUGACUGCCUCAUCCAACCUUUUGCGCAUACACCAUGCUAUCAAUCGUCAGAGCAAACGGGCCUACCAUGAUCUUAUAACACUCCCUUCGAAGAAACCUAUUAUUUCCCAAGGACCUCCUGGGUACAGUGCUGUCACCGGACAUGUGGUGACUGUCUUUGGAUGUACUGGAUUCCUUGGAAGAUACCUUGUGUCCAAGCUCGCUCGACAGGGUACUCAAGUAAUCGUACCAUACCGUGACGAGGACGAGAAGAGGCAUUUGAAGCCCAUGGGUGACUUGGGUCAAAUUGUCCCAAUGGAGUGGGAUAUCCGAAAUGAGAACCAGAUUGCAGAAUGCGUUAGACAUUCCGACAUCGUCUUCAAUCUCGUAGGUCGUGAUUAUGCGACAAAGUCAUUCGAUUUCGCUUCUGUGCAAGUUGACGGUGCUGAAAGAAUAGCCAAGAUUGCUGCGCAGUCUGGAGUCCCGCGUUUUGUUCAUGUGUCACAUCUCAAUGCCUCUGCGACAUCUCCGUCUAAACUUUACCAGACCAAGGCAGAAGGAGAAGAACGUGUGAAUACCGCAUUCAAAGGAGCCACUAUCAUUAGACCCGGUCCUCUUUACGGCUAUGAAGAUAAGCUGCUGAAUAAUCUAGCCAUCUGGCCUAUUUGGUGGAAACUGAACGACGCCAAGACCAGGACACGCCCUGUCCAUGUCAUGGAUGUGGCACAGGUACUAGCUAAUCUUGUGCAUAACGCGCAGCAAGGUCGAACGAUUGCCCUUCCCGGGCCAUCUACUCUCACAUACGAAUAUCUCCUCGACCUCGUGUCUUCCUUAACUUUUCAACCUCCCUCUCGUGCCCCUGUUGUACCCAAGUCAGUGGCACUAGCUGUAGCAAAAGCUGCUCAGGCCGUGUGGUGGCCCCUUCUCAGCCCGGACGAAGUUGUCAGAAGGUACAUUGACGAUGCCGAUACUCCCGGGGAUUGGGACUCGGUUGGCGUGACUCCUUCAGAAAUUGAGCAACAUGCUAUUCAAUACGUCAGGCGUUAUCGUUCCGCAGAAAACUUCUCCAGGCCAAAUGUUUUCCCUCCACGACCAGUUCUCGUCGAGGAAGAAGUUGGUUUAGGGUUCUGA